ACAGGAUAAGUCAACAAAUGCUUAUCCUUUGAACCAGCAGGGAGGGGGUGGUUCCUCGAGGUCGCUGACUGGCCAAAUUUGCAUCUGUAGUGUAGAAGCAGAGUCUAUUGUCCUCAUUAACUCUCAGUGAAGACAGACAUGGAGCUGGGAUCAACGGUUGGUGCUGUGAGGAGUAAGAGGGUGCUGCUCGGUGACCAAGUCUGUCCUGCUGUGAUCGUGAUAAAGGAUGGGAAGAUCCAUCAAAUCAUUUCCGAUAGCGACUAUUCUGGAGGUGAGGUGUUGGACGUCGGCGACAGCGUGGUGAUGCCAGGUAUCGUCGAUUGCCAUGUUCACGUGAACGAACCAGGCCGUGCCUCCUGGGAGGGCUUCUGGACCGCCACCAGGGCCGCCGCAGCUGGAGGGGUGACAACCAUUGUGGACAUGCCCCUAAACAGCAUCCCUCCAACUACCACGGCUGGAAAUUUUCGUGAAAAGCUGCUUGAGGCAACAGGGAAGUGUUUCGUGGACACGGCCUUCUGGGGAGGCGUGAUUCCUGGCAAUCAGCUGGAGCUUCGGCCUAUGAUCCAGGCGGGAGUGGCUGGCUUUAAGUGUUUCCUCAUCCACAGCGGGGUGGAGGAGUUCCCCCACGUGACGGACCAGGAUCUACACACAGCCAUGGAGCAGCUGCAAGGCACAGGAAGUGUCCUGCUGUUUCAUGCUGAGAGGGAUGUUCAGCAGACAACACAGGAGAAUGGAGACCCUUGUCAGUACUCCACCUUUCUGCAGUCCAGACCUGAUGUCAUGGAGAUAGAGGCAAUUCGCAUCGUCACAGAGCUCUGCCUCCAGUACCAGGUGCGGUGCCAUAUCGUUCACUUAUCCUCUGCUAAGCCACUGGAGCUGAUCCAGGAGGCGCGGCAGGCUGGAGCCCCCCUGACGGUGGAGACCACCCACCACUACCUCAGCCUGUGUGCGGAGAACAUACCUGCGGGGGCCACGCAAUUCAAGUGCUGCCCCCCCAUCAGAGGAUCUGUUAACCAGGAGCAGUUAUGGUCCGCGCUGAAAGCCGGGCAGAUCGACAUGGUGGUGUCGGAUCAUUCCCCCUGCACCCCUGACCUGAAGAAGCUGGACAACGGAGACUUCACUGAGGCUUGGGGGGGAAUUUCUUCUCUACAAUUUGGUUUGCCUCUGUUCUGGAGUUCAGCCAGUAAGAGAGGCUUUCAGCUGUCUGAUGUGGUGAGACUCCUCAGCCGGCAAACAGCCCAGCUGAGUAGCCUUGACAACCAGAAGGGCAGCCUGGCCCCCGGCUAUGAUGCCGACUUGGUCGUAUGGGACCCAGAGAGAGAAUUUGAGAUAAAAGAAGCAAGCAUACAUCAUAAAAACAAGCUAACUCCUUACCUCGGCGUCACACUGCGAGGAGUGGUGUGUGCUACCAUAGUCAGGGGGCAGCUGGUGUACAGAGAGGGCUCCUUCUGCCCCGAGCCUCUGGGGAAGCACCUCCUCAUCCCUCAGAGGAAAAGUCAAGCCCAACUGUGAAGCACAAUAACAACAAGCUGAAAUAAACCUCAACAUAUCAGUAGACAUUGUGUUGUCUGGAUCUGUAAGAGCACACCAUGUUGUUUCGUCAUCUCUUUCAUAACCUAUACUUGCUUUUUGUCCCCCUAUCCCUGUCUAAACAUUUGGACAUCACAAUUUGCACAAUCUGCAUUUGUAAUAAA